AUGACACCCGUGUUAAAACAGCUGCACUGGCCACCCAUCUGUUACCGAGCCAGGUUCAAGGUCCCUGUAUUAAUUCACAAAGGCCUGAACAACUUUGGUCCUAAGUAUCUCAGGAACUACCUGAACCCUUAUAUCCCAGUUCAGUCACAGAGAUCAUCUGCAGGAGUGUUGUUGGUCAUUCCCCAAGUAGGUGAGGCUCAUUUGACAACAGCAAGGAAUCAAGCCUUUAGUGUCAUCAGUCCAGUCCUGUGGAACACACUGCCACUAGAUUCAGCAGGCACCUUCUGUGCCAACUAUUAA